AUGAAAGGCGUACUGGGGCUGAAGUGCGUAACUUGCCGGGCCAGCGGCAGGGUGCCGCUCGUGGCGAAAAAGUUCCUGUUUGUAAGUGUCGGCUCGAAAUCAAAGUUCGGUUCUGCCCUGGUAGGUCAGCCGAAGCAGAAGGGGCACCUAACCGCCAACGGAAAGAGGACCGUUUUUAUAGAGAGUAACGUGAAGAACGCCCCCGUGCAGGAGGAACUACCCAAGAGUGCAGCCAAUGCUCCAACGGAUGAAUUCGCUCCCCCAGAGAAGAGCGUACUAAGCAGCUACAAUGACGAGCAGCCUGUCGAUGGGGAAACCCAACAGGAUGAUCACCCCCUCCCCCUGGGAGGAGAGGACUUUGAAGAAUAUGCCCAAUUUGAUCGACGGGAUGGGAGAGGAAAAGAUGAUGAGGGAAAUGGGUUCAUGAAUCACCACCGUAGGGAAGGCUCGUUUAGGAACCACGAGAGAGGGAGGAACAGACAAAGCGAUGUGAUCGGCGGGAGGGGGCAGAAGGAGCAUUCCCCCUCGAGGUAUGACGCCAUGGAGGAGGGAGACGAGCACGACAUGGUAACUUCCUACCAGAGGGGCGCUUCCAACGAGAGGACCGCCCCCCACCAGAGGAGCCUAAACAGCCAGGAUAGGUACGCCCAACUGGGGGAGAAUCUUAAGGACAUCGAAUGGAGCAAGGUAGAUGCAAAGGUGCAGAGGCAGAACCUGCUUCAAGACUGUGGCAGAAAAAAGGAAGACAUGUCACCUGAACAGUUAGAUGCAGAACUGAAGAGACUGAACAUUUACGUGAGCAAAGAAUCUGCUCUUCUAAACAACCUGGCUAGCAGCUUCUCCGAGGUGAACUUCCACGAAGCUGUUGUGAACCACCUGAAUGCGAAGUUUAAAGAACCGACGGCUAUUCAGAAGGUCACGUGGCCGAUCGCUCUCUCGGGGAAGGACCUAAUAGGCGUGGCCGAGACGGGCAGCGGGAAGACCCUGGCCUUCGCCCUGCCCGCCCUCAUGCACAUUUUGAAGCAGCGGGAGGGGGAGCGAAAGAGCGGUAGGGAGAGCGGACUAGAGAACGCGAGGGAGCACCGGUUGGAACAGAACCAGGAAGAUAUGGGCGAGGAACCCUCCCAGGAAUGGAACAACGAACCCACGCAAGGCGCCACCCAACGCAGCAGCGGUAACGACACCCAUGAGGCGGAGCGAACUGUCUACGGACUCAUCCUCCUCCCGACGAGAGAACUAUGCAUGCAGGUAGUUGACGAAAUAAAAGCAUUCGAAAAGGAAUUGCACAUCAGAAGUGUUGCCGUCUACGGAGGAGUCCCAAAGUACACACAAAUUAGUAACUUAAAGAAAGGAGCAGACAUUGUAGUUGCCACCCCGGGGAGACUUCUAGAUCUUCUGGAAAGCGGAGUGAUUCAUUUGUUAAGGUGCAUCUACGUUGUCAUUGACGAAGCGGAUAGACUACUAGACAUGGGGUUUGAAAAGCAACUGAAAAAGAUCAUGACGCAGGUUAAUAGAAACAAACAGCUCCUAUUCUUUACAGCUACUUGGCCUGAACAAGUCAGGAAGCUGGCCUACCAGUUUUCUUCCUUCGAUCCUGUGAAAAUACAAAUAGGAAAAAGCGAGUUAACUGCAAAUAAAAAUAUACAACAGAGCGUCGUCAUCAGUUCUUCUAUAGACUUGAAGAAGAAGCUGCUUGACUGGCUGAAGCAGAACUACGAGGGGAAUAAAAUUUUAAUUUUCUGCGACACUAAGAGGAAUUGCGACAGCUUAUGCAAAGAGCUUCGCUACCAUCAGUACAACGCGCUAGCCAUUCAUGGGGAUAAGGAACAACGGGAGAGAGACCGCAUCUUAAGCAACUACAGAAGUGACCGUUGCAACAUCUUAGUUGCGACUGAUGUGGCUUCCAGAGGACUAGACAUUAAGAACAUCUCCGUGGUCGUUAACUAUGACCUUCCAAAUACGAUUGAGGAUUACAUCCAUCGGAUUGGCCGGACGGGCAGGGCGGGGCAGAAGGGGAGGGCCGUUUUGUUCUUCCCCUACGAUUACUAUGUGCCCCAGAAGGGUCGGUUUGCCAGGGACCUGGUCAAAUUGCUCAGCAAGGCCAACCACGCCGUCCCCGCGGAGCUCCGCGAGAUUGCCGGCACCAGGGGGUAA